AUGUCGGAUAGCAAAUCCUCUUUCCACCCGGCAUUUACUGUCUCGAAUAUUAAGAGAAACAUCCCAAUUACUCUUGAAUUGGAAAAUGCUGCGUAUUCUACUUGGGCGGAACUAUUCAAAAUUCACGCUCGGUCUCACAAGGUUCUCGACCAUAUUAUUGCUCCGAAGAAGAAGGUGGCUUCCCCUUCAACCGAUGAGGAAAAGGAGUUAUGGUUGACGUUGGAUGCACUCGUUCUAGGGUGGAUUUAUUCGACAAUUUCAAAGGAUCUUUUGCAGACAAUUAUUGAACCGGAUUCAACGGCGAUGGAAGCUUGGGAAAGGUUGCGUGAUAUUUUCCAAGACAAUCAGAAAUCUAGAGCCGUAACCCUUGAACAUGAAUUCUCCAACACGAAGAUGGAGGAUUUCUCUAACGCCUCGGCGUAUUGUCAAAGGCUCAAAAGCCUUUCCGACCAAUUGAAAGAUGUAGAGGCACCGGUGGACAACAACCGGCUUGUGCUUCAAUUGGUUGCCGGUCUCACAGACUCCUGCAAUGGUGUUGCUACUCUCAUCCAACAAAGCAGCCCCCUCCCUCAAUUUUACCAAGCCCGAUCGAUGCUCACGUUGGAGGAGGCGGGUUUGGCUAAGAAGGCUGCUCAUUCCGCUACAGCUAUGGUGGCGGCUCUUCCCGGGAUUCUGACUUUGGCUCUGAUUCGGGUUCCUCACGUGAACGCAGGGGGUGGUUGCAGCACCAGUCCUGGCGGCGGUCAGAACACUGGUGGGGGUCGCGGUGGUCCGGGUCAACAACAACAGCCACAGUGGGGGUCGGUUCCUCCAUGGCAUCCCCAAUACCAACAGUACCCACCUUGGGGGUAUUUUCCUCAAUGGACUACUCCACCUUGUCCAUACCCAACCCAAGGUUGGGCCAGACCUCAAGGCCCAAUGAAGCAGCAACAUUUUAGCAUACUAGGCCCUCGCCCACAACAUGCUUAUGCGGCUUCUCAACAGUCUUAUACUCCGACAGAUAUCGAAUCGGCUAUGCACAUAAUGACAUUGAGCCAACCAGACCCCUCGUGGUAUAUGGACACCGGUGAAACUUCGCACAUGACAUCCUCCAAUGGUAAUCUCCCGUCUUAUUUUAAUUUGAGCAAUCAUCAUAAUGGUAUUAUUGUUGGUAAUGGUCAUUCAAUUCCAAUUCGUGGUUGUGUUCAUACUACUUUGCCUUCCCCGAACCCACCCUUGUCUCUUUCUAACGUCCUUCAUGCACCAAAACUCAUCAAGAAACUAAUUUCUGUUAGAAAAUUUACAACUGAUAAUUGUGUGUUUGUUGAGUUUGACCCUAAUGGUUUUUCUGUGAAGGAUUAUCAGACGGGGAUGCUAAUAAUGAGAUGUGAUAGUCAAGGAGAUCUAUACCCACUCACUACCACCUCUUCAACCUCUUCUCCAUCAACCUUUACGGCCUUAUGUAGGGAAUAA